GCAGGGGUCAGCGUGUACAAUCCCGUGGGACUCGACGCAACCCUUGGCUAACAGCUAGCGGGAGGGGCCCAGUCGGCUUAGCCCCAUUCCCAGCAGUCUUCAUAAAGGGUGGUGGAGCCUGAGACUCGGGCGAUCCCAGGAAACGUGGUUUAGCGAGAGGCGCAUUAGUUUCUCGGGCGCGAGCGUCUUCCUGGUCCUCGCCCAGUCUGGGGGCGAAGUUCCCGCAGCCCAGACUGCAGACGGCGCUUUCCAGCCGGGCCUUUUUUUAACCUCGGCUCUGCACCCCUAGGCGGCGCUGCCCCUCCGCUCCGAGGUGGCCAAGCCUCUCGCACGCCCCGCUCCUGACCCUCCUGCCCCCAGAGGUUCCCACAUCUGGGAGACAAACUCAGCAUUCCGCGGUCGCACAGCCCGCAGAGCUCGCUCUUCCCAGCGGCUCGUGUUCUCCGGGAGUCCGGAGCAUGGUUCCAGGUCAUCGCUGGCGGAGCAUGGACCCCGAAAGGGAGGAUGGUGAGCUGGAGGGUGGCAGUUCUGUGUCUUUGGGUCUCCCGCGGCCCUGCCGCGGUACAGCUGGCGCACUUGGUGUCCGAGGAGACUGAGCGGGGCGAAGCGGUAGCCAUUGUCACCGUGGACUUGAACCGGCCAGCGGCUGCUCUCUCCUUGCGAAACUUUCGCUUCCUUUCCGGCUACAGUGAGUCCUACUUCGAAGUGGACCUAAGCAGCGGUAGCUUGGCGGUCCGAGAGCCGGGGGACCGCAAGCACUGCGGGACCAAAGCUGCCUGAGUCUUGACCUAUGAGCUAAUAUUCGAAGACCCAUUGGAGCUGCGCAAGAUACGUGUCCACGUCCUGGACACGAGUGACAACUCACCCUUCCCUGCCAGCGACGUGCAGCUGCUCAUCCCUGAGUUGACACUUGGAGCCCGCUGUACUCUUCAGAAUGCCCAAGAUGCAGGCGAGGGAAGCAACGGGAUGCUGAGCUAUAGCCUAAGCCCUACCCAGCACUUUCGCCUAGACAUGGGGUCACGGGUCGAGGACAGCGAAUAUCCGGAGUCAGUGUUGGAGUCAGUGAUGGAGACAGCGCUAGAUCGAGAGCAGCGCGCCACUCAUCUGCCGGUGCUCACAGCUCUGGAGAGUGAGUUGCCUGCGCUCUCCGGACACGCACAAGUCACCACCAUCGUGGUGGACACCGAUGGCAACGCACCAGUGUUUGAGCGCUCCGUGUUCUGCACCACGGUUCCAGAGACUGUUCCCAAUGGGACUGUGUUUUUCCAAGUUCAGGCCUUGGAUCCAGAUGAAGGCUCCAAUGGAGAAGUCUGGUACUCCUUAAGCAAUCGCAGGAGAGCAGAGCUGAGACACAUCUUUCGCAGGCACCCCAAGAGUGGAGAGGUGCUGGUAGCUGCUUUCUUCGGUGCCCCUGAAGUGCUGUUGGAGGCAUACAUGGAGGCGAGGGCCAAAGGUGCCUUUGGUCUAGUGAGCACUGCCAAACUGUUGGUGGAAGUGACUGACACGAAUGAUCAUGCCCCCGAAGUGUAUUUAAUGACUCUUUCCAGCCCAGUACCUGAGGACGCUGCCCCUGGCACAGUGAUUGCUCUACUUAGUGUAAAGGAUGAGGUCCAUGGUUCCAAUGGUAGAGUCAUUUGUAGUUUGUCUAGCUGAGGUCCUUUUCAGCUGAAGGCUUCUUUUGACAACUACUAUAGCUUGCUGACUGAUGGGCCCCUGGACCAGGAGCAGAUGAAUGAAUACCAGGUCCUGGUUUUCACCUCAGAUGGUGGCUCACCUCAACUCAGCACCCAAAGGACCCUCACUGCGUCAGUUGCUGAUGUAAAUGACAAUGCACCAAAAUUUCCUUAACUGCAACAGGAACUUUUUGUGGCUGAAAAAAAUGGCCCUGGGGUCUCACCAGGCCAGGUGUCUGCCCAGGACCUGGACUUGAGGAAGAAUAGCCUUGUCUUUUAUGAGCUGUUGGACAUUAUCUCUGAAGGGAUGCUAGCCACUAGCUUGGUGGUAGUGGAACCAUCCAGUGGUGCUAUCACUGCCAAAGCUUCCUUUGACUUUGAGCAAUUCAGGGGAUUUAGUUUCCAAGUGGAAGGAUGGGAUGGUGGCAUUCCUUAAAGUACAACAGUGACUGUGAACUUGUUUGUAAUCGACAGGAACAGCAGUGCUCCAGUUAUCUUGUUUCCCUUGCCCAGAAAUGGCUCAAUCUCUGUGGAAAUUGAGCCCCACUCUGCCAGAACUGGACACUUGUUCACAGCAGUGGUAGCAGAGGAUGCAGACAGUGGUUCCAAUGCCUGGCUCUCCUACGACAUCUCUCAGGCUUCUGACUCUAGCCUUUUCAGAAUUUUGGCCAAUAUGGGAGAGCUCCAUAGAGCACACUUGGUUCUUCCUACUGAUGCAGUUAAACAGAGGGUGAUGAUAGUGGUUUGGGACCAUGGAGACCCACCGCUUGCCUCCUCUAUUCUCGGUGUGCUAUUGAGUAAUUUUACACCACAGGUCCUUCCAGACUUUGAAGUUAUUUGGGAACCAGGAGGGCAGCUUACUGCUCAGAACUUGUACUUAGUAAUCGCCCUGGCCUGCAUUUCUUUUUUGUUGCUGGGGUGCUUACUUUUCUUCAUGUGUACCAAGUUGAGCCAAAGCCAUUCUUGCUUUCAGAGCUGCUGUCACACUCCAGAGGAUCUGUGGCAUGGAAGGCAGGUAGCUUCUAAUCCUUGCAUGAAAUCAGCCAAAAUAGAUGUCACUACAGUUGAGACACUUUCUCAGACAUAUUUCUAGAGAGCUGCUCUGCGACUUGGCUCUGAUAAUAACAGUUUGCUGUUUGUUGGUGCUGUCCUAAGAAAUCUGGCCACUGAUGUAGGACUGAGUUUGCCAAUCUCCUGUAUUCAGAUUCAGAAUAGGAAAGGAGACCAUGCAAAGGUCAAUGCCAUGGUAAGCAAAUUCAUGGGAUCUGAUUCCUUUAGGAGAAUGGAGAUGGCUAUUAUUAUGUUCUGAAAAAUGUUUAUUAGAUGAGCCUUUGGUAACCUUUAAUCAAUUGA